UAGCAAGUUGUGCGGAGCUGGCGGUCGGUAAAAGGGCGCUUGAUGUUCGAGUGACUAAUUAAGAAUAAUUUACUUGGUAUAUAAGAAAUACACCUGAGAUGACAUAGCUGCAUUUCAUAAUGUCUGCUACUGGUCAAGAAAAUGUCUGCAAUCAUGUGAAAGUAGUGAUCCGUGUUCGUCCUGAGAAUGCAAAAGAGAAAGAUGGAAGCUUUCAAAAAGUGGUUCAGGUUGUUGAUAAACAUAUAUUGGUUUUUGAUCCCAAAGUGGAAGAGGUCAGUUUCUUUCAUGGAAAGAAAAUAUUGAACCGCAAUAUCACCAAAAGGCAAAACAAGGACCUAAAAUUUGUAUUUGAUGCCAUAUUUGAUGAACAUUCUACACAGCUGGAAGUCUUUGAAGACACUACCAAAACCGUUCUAGAUGGUUUUUUAAACGGCUAUAAUUGCACAGUGCUUGCUUAUGGUGCAACUGGAGCUGGGAAGACUCAUACAAUGCUGGGUUCCCCUGAAGAUCCUGGAGUAAUGUACUUGACUAUGAUGGAGCUUUAUAAUUCCAUUGAUCGAAUGAAAGAAGAGAAGCAUUGUGCUAUUGCAGUUUCAUAUCUUGAGGUCUACAAUGAGCAGAUACGUGACCUAUUAGUAAAUUCAGGAACAUUGGCUGUUCGAGAAGAUCCUCAAAAAGGAGUACUGGUUCAUGGGUUAACAUUACAUCAGCCCAAAUCUGCCGAAGAGAUCUUGCAAAUGUUGGAUUAUGGAAACAAAAACAGAACACAACAUCCUACUGAUGUGAAUGCCUCCUCUUCUCGGUCCCAUGCUGUCUUUCAGAUUUAUUUAAGGCAACAAGAUAAAACUGCAAGUAUCAGUCAAAAUGUCCGUAUCGCCAAAAUGUGUCUCAUUGACCUGGCAGGAUCUGAACGUGCCAGUGCCACAAAGGCCAAAGGAGCUCGCUUUAGAGAAGGGGCAAAUAUAAAUCGGUCACUGCUUGCUCUUGGCAAUGUUAUUAAUGCUCUGGCAGACCCAAAGAGAAAGAAUCAGCAUAUUCCCUAUAGGAAUAGCAAGCUUACUCGUUUACUGAAGGAUUCUCUUGGAGGAAAUUGUCGCACUAUCAUUAUAGCUGCUGUUAGUCCUUCCUCUUUGUUCUACGAUGACACAUACAACACUCUUAAAUAUGCCAACCGAGCCAAAGACAUCAAAUCCUCACUGAAGAGCAAUGUUGUAAGUCUGGAUAGCCAUAUAAGUCAAUAUGUCAAGAUUUGUGAAGAGCAAAAGAAAGAGAUUGUAAUGUUGAAAGAGAAACUGAGAGCAUACGAAUUGGAAAAAGUACCUGUUCCCAGUAAUCAAGAUACAGCUAUUUGUACAAAUCAGCAGCAGGUUGAGAUAUCAAGGUUAAAAGAAAUUUUGAAGUGUGUGUUUGCAAAUCGAGAGGAAAUAAGGAAAGAGUUCCUCAAGUUUGAACUACAACUAAAAGAAAAUGCCCUUAAAACACAUUAUCAGAAACGUUGCCACGAACAAAUUCAGAUAGCAUUCUCAUGCUCACCAGAAAGAUUUGAAAAGGCAACUGGGAGACAUGAUCACCGGCUUGCUUUACUUAAAACUCGCCGUUUGCAUCUAGAAAAGAAAAAAGAAGAGGAAUCUAAAUGUUUUGAGGACAACACAAAUUGGUUGCAUAGGUUGGAGAAUGAAAUGCGCCUCCUGGGUCAAGAUGGUCACAUUCCUCCAGAUCUACGUGGAGAUCUGAAGUGUUGUCACUUGAAAUUGGAAAUUCAGGAUUUGAAAACACAAAUUCAAUAUAUGAAAACUCUAGUAUCCCUACAAGAACAGCAGUAUAAGCAGACAGAAAAAAUCCUGAACUCUUUGCUUCCAGUUUUAAGAAAGCAGUAUAUUGCUUUAAAAAGGACUGAUUUAGCAAAUGAUGACAUUGAGGAUGACUUCAGGGAGUUUAAGCAGCUCAUUCACAGAGAGAAAGCUGUAGUUUGGGCUGACCAGAUUGCUGAAGAAGAAUCAGAUCAAAAUGAUCAGCUUACGAUGUCUGCUCUCAUGUCAUUUCCACAGCUUGUUAGCUAUCGGAAUACUCCCUGUA